AAUUAUCAACAAUUUUGAUGGCCCAAAUCCUCAUUCAGCGCCUCUCAGGGUGUUGCUGCCCAUGGCAGGGGGGUGGGACCAGUUGGAUGGUUGAGGUCCCUUCACCCCCAAACCAUGGUUCGGUCCAUGGCCUCUGUGAUGUCAUCCUCUGUGAUGCUGCCCUGUGUCCUCGGGGACCGCUCUGCUGUCCAGGGCGAGCACACUCCAGAUUCACUCUCCAGGAGGAUCUGGAGGAGGCAGGUGGUCUCUUUGCUGGGAGCUGCCUGCACCUUGCUCUGUGUGUGAGAAACAAAGCAGCUGCGAUUCAGCCGUCGCAGUGCCCGGUGCCGGUUCCGCUGGAGAGGAAACUCUGCUCUACGUCCAGGGGAAACACUGAGGUUCUGCAGCAUGGCUUUACGCUUCCGUGAUGUUCUGUUCUAUGCCGUUCCUGGAGCGGUGGGACUUCUUGGGUGCUGGUGGAUCUACUCCCGUAUGAAGAAAAAAGCACAAAGCCCUAAGGAAGGGCAGGAGGAGAAAGUGCCCGAGAAAGAUCCUCAUAGUGUGCCCAUCUCGGCGAAGGAGGAAUGCCGAGAGAAUGAAACCUCGGCCUCUGUGCUUCCAGCAGGGGCAACAAUGUCCGAUACCUCCCCAGAGAAGUGGGAAGCCUGGGAGAAGGAGCUGAUGGAGAAGGAGGCCAGGCUGGCUCAGCGAGAGCAGCAGCUCCAGAGAUGGUGGCAGGAUCUGGAGCGCGAGCGCAAGGAGCUGGAGCUGGAGAAGGCCUCCCUCCAACUCAAAGGCCAGAGCCAGAUUCCCAAUCCACUGAAGAAACUCACAAGAGUCCUCACCCAGUCUGGGGCCACUGAGUCCUCCAAGGAGAAGAGCCCUGCUCGUCCUCAGCAAGGGCACGUAGAUUCAGAACCGUCUGUCUCCCCAAAACGGAACACUCUCCUAAUGACCCUGAAAGAGAAAAGCCCUUUCCGUUCCCCUGACACAACCAAGCCGAAGGACCAGGCUGCUGAGGAAGAGCCCAGAUGCGAGAACGCUCCUUCAGUUCAGCCAAAACCGAAGAGAAGGAGUAGGAGAGGGAAACGAAAGGAGGACUGUUAAGUCCCUUUCAGAAAUACUACAAGUUUCUUAAAUUCCAAUGGGAUCGAGUUUGGAUGAAAUGACACCAGCGAUCCUUUUCCACAACUGCUUUCAUUUGACGUGUGCAUUGUC